AUGAUACAAGAGCAAUUCUCCUCGGAGCAGCCGCAUUGCCCCCUGUCGAACUGCCUUGGCUGCGAAGGAGGGGGGCAGCAGCCAGCGCAACAGGGAGAGAUACUGACUAUAUCAGGCCCAACAUCCACUAGCCCUUGGUUCAGUGAACGGGUUGUGGAGGUGCGGCGCCCUGAAGUGCAGGAAAGGAUCGUGGAGGUGCCGCAUAUUGUGCCCAGGGAGAGAAUAAUGGAAGAGAGAAGGCAAAUACUAAAGGAGAAAGUGAAAUUUGUCCCUAAAUAUGAAACUGUAGAGAGAGUCAGCCACGUGCCGAAGCACAUAUCAAGAGAAGUCGUUACGUUUGUACCUCAAGUGCAGGUCGUUGAAAGAACUGUGGAGGUUCCUACUACUAUCUACCAAGACGUAGUGGUGCCUGUGGCGAAGCCUGUUGUAGAGGAGCGCAUCACGCACAUCCCCAAGCCCGUGGUCGUAGGGAAAGUUGUUGAAAUCCCUCGAAUCGUGCAUCGGCCGUAUCCCGUAGAACGCAUUGUAGAAGUCCCUCAGAUUCAGGUACAGUAUAAGUAUAAAGACAUUCCAGUGAGCAGCAAGGUCAUUCGCCAAGCUCCGGCCUCCGUCCAAAAAUCAAGCUACAAGGUUGCGGAAGGCAGAUUCAUCAGGCCGAGCACUGUUAGAUGGAGGCAACAUUCAACUCCUGUCUGCGCGCCUUCGACUGAUAUCUUCGGUGCUUGCUGCAACCCAGAAACCCCAAGGGUAGCCAACCAAGAAAACAAAGCUCAUACAAGCCCGAGCAGCCCCAGGGGCUACCCUGUACCGGCGCGUUGGUACACAACACCUAUCCAGCCGCUUCAGCAAGAGCAGCAACCGGUUGUGGUUGAGGGCUUGGAAUCUGUAGCGGACGAGGCUGGUUGCUGUUCAUUAACACCGAGGCAACACACGGUCAAGAGGCGAGAUUUCGUUCUAUCACCAAACACAGCCGGGACCAGCAAUAGAUACAAUGUGAAAGUGGCGACACUUUCAAGGGAAAAGGCUGGUAGACGCCUGUUUGAAAGCUGUUGCGGAGAACCCAUGAGAACGGCCUCGCUACCAUCAAUGAUGAGGAGCGUUCAAGUGAUCCCGUCCGAAGUACCUCGGACCGCUGUGCCCCUUGUUGAGCAUGCGUCCGCCCCACUGUAUCAGUAUGAAGAACACAAUUUAGCUCUGAAGGAAGAGCAGGAGAUAGAACAGCAGGUGGAACAACAGCAGGAAAUGAUUUCCUCAGAGCCUUGGAUGAGAACGAAGUUCGGAGAUAUGCCCUUUGCCGAGUUUGAAAAGUUGAACAACGAGAAUUCCCUUGCGUCGAGCCGUUGGCCUGUUGAUUUCACCGCUAGCUAUAUCAGUGGGCAGAUGCAUGAUUACCGGAGGGGGGAACAACACGCACAGACAUACGUCCAGACUCAGCCAAUAGUGGCCCAGGCGCAGCAUGGACUCAUGAAUGAGGAAGACUAUUACCAAAAGCAAGCGCUGCAGAAGGAUGAGGAACGGCAGUCAGAGCACAUGCUACAUUUACAGCAGCAGAAGCAACGGAGAGAAGAAGAACGCUGUUCAUAUGAGCAGCAGGAGCAGAAACGCUUACAGCAAUUGCAGCUACUCACGGAGCAGCGCAGGCAGGCGGAAGAGCGGCGGGAGAGGGAAUUACAGGAGCUGCAGCAGCGAUUGCAGCAGCAACGUGAACAGAAGGAACGCGAAUUGCAGCAGAGGCUGGAGGAGGAAAAGCGCAAGAGGGAUGAGGAGAGACAGAAAUGGAUUGAACAGAUUCAACAAGAGAAGGAGCACAGGGAGAAGUUGCAGAAGCAACAACAACAAAAACAACUGGAAGAGCUGAUGCAAAUACAAGAGAAACAGAGACAAGAUCACGAAGAAAGAAAACAGCGUUGCUUGAAACAACAGGAGCAGGCAUUGUCCCAAUUGCUGGCGCAGCAGCAGAAGCAGCAGAAGCAACUGCAGGAGGAGUUUAAGGGGCAUAAUGAAAGACUGCAAGCGCAACAAGAGCUGCUGAGAGCACAGCAGGAACAAGCUCUCAGGCAGCUGCAGCAAGACCAUCUAAGGCAGCAGCAGCGCUUAGAAACAGAAACGCAGAGAAAAACAGAGGCUUUUUGUAGCGUACAUCAGGCCAGCGACCCCAAAAUCACUUCUAUCAUGCCUCCCAAGGUGGUGCAGGACGGUCCUGGGGAGUUGCUUAUACAGACGAGAUUCGGCGCCAUGCCCUACUCUGAUUUCGUUGUCCUUAAUCAGGCUGGCACUUACCGAGGUUAUGCGUGUAGGCCAACACCACCCUGGCUGUCCAGAGCCGCUGAAGCAUUCUGUUGCCUUUGGGAUACUUGCUUGCACCUGUGUGUGUUUGCUCAUCUAUGGAGUAUGAUGUGUCCUGGUUCCGUGUAUUGCUGCAGAUUUUCUUCGGGUCCAGCUUUGGGAACCAGCACCAUCUCAGCUACUAGCUUGGGCGCUACAGCUCGCCAGUGGCAGGUCAAUUCCCCGAGGGCAUCUACGGUGUAUGCGCGUGUCUCACCUUCCCAGAAGGUGGUGCAUCGAACCUCGUACCCAAUUCAGUAUGAGAAUCAGCAGUACUACUACAACUCCCCAGCGCCGCGGACCUGUUGGAUUCAGGAAGCAAAUAAGUAUUUGCUACCUAGCGCCGAACAGGCGGCCGUUAUUCAAUCAGAAGCGCGAAGGAUAGGACAGGACGCCGCUGUGGCGGGAUCGCAUGUUUAUGGAGGCGUGAAGAACGCAGUGAACUCCGAGCUUGCUCACGAUAUCUUUCGGUCUGUGGGGGAGCUUGUGUCUGACGCUUAUCACAAAAUGAGAGGAAACAGGCGAUGA